GCCACAAGACGACUCACCGGACAGAAAGAGAGAGGGAAGGGUGGAGGGAAGGGUGGAGGGUAGGCUGAGAGAUAGAUUGGAGAUGAAGCUUCUCCUCAGAGCUCUCAGUGCUCUGCUCUGCUUCUCGCUGGCCUGCGCUCACACUCUGGAUCCUGCUGGGAAGAACGUCUGCCAGAAUAUAAGGGAUCCCUCUAACCUGUUCUGUUGCCUUGGAUGGCGCCAGGAGGGAAAAGAGUGCACAAUACCUGUAUGUGAGGGUGAGCAGGCCUGUUUGAAGGGUGAGAUCUGUUUAUAUCCUGGAUUAUGUCGCUGCCCACCUGGCUACUAUGGUGCUGAGUGCAAAACCAACUGUCCUCUUGAGUUCUGGGGUCCAGACUGCCGUCAGAUAUGUAAGUGCUAUCCUAACGGGCGCUGUCAUCCAGCCACUGGCGAGUGCACCUGCCACCCACUCCGUUGGGGCCCACUAUGCAAGCAAACCUGCCGGUGUUCCCGGCACGGGCGCUGCCACCCCAUCCACGGAAACUGCACCUGCGACACCAGCUAUUCAGGUUCAACCUGUGCCAAACCGUGCCAGUGUGAUAUCGGUGGGUCUGUAGGCCCCAGCUGUGACCAGCAGACAGGCAAGUGUCAGUGCCACAAGGGGCACUGGGGGAUGAGGUGUACAAACCCGUGCGACUGUAACCAGUCCCCGUGUAAUCAGCGCAAUGGUGUGUGCGAGUGCAAGCCUGGCAUGUGGGGAACCAGCUGUGACCUGAGUUGUAAAUGUGACCUCAAACACAGCAGCUGUGACGUAAUGAGUGGGACGUGUCUGUGCCACCCAGGAUACAAGGGCCUCUUCUGCAACCAGCCCUGUGAAGCAGGAAAGUAUGGCAUUGACUGUAAAAGGAGUUGUGGUCACUGUAAAGACAACCAGCUUUGCUCUCUGAUCGAUGGCACAUGUGCAGCCUGUGAGCCGGGCUGGAACGGUACGCGAUGCGACCGCCCAUGUUCAUCUGGUUUCCAUGGUGAUGGCUGCAAAGAAGGGUGUCCACGAUGCAGGAACAAUGAACCCUGUGACCCAAAAACUGGGUUGUGUCAGAGCUGUGAUCCCGGAUGGACUGGACCCAGGUGUCAGGAGCGCUGCCUUAACGGGAGGUUUGGAGACGCCUGCCUCUUGACGUGUAGUCCUUGUUUUCAUGGCAACUGCCAUCAUGUGACAGGAAAAUGUGUCUGUGCGCCAGGCUUCCAGGGAGAGAGCUGUAACAACAGCUGCCCUGCCCUCCGGUUUGGCUUCAACUGUUCUUCUGUCUGCGACUGCGGUGAGGGGGUGGCCUGCGACUCUGUGACCGGAGCCUGUCCUAACAGUUACAGAGGUGCUCUGCUUGCGGGUGUUCUGGUUCCUUUGCUCCUGUUGCUUCUUGCUGUAGUUUGCUGCUGCUUGUGUUGUGGAGGACGCCCGGCUGGUGACAGAGACAAAGACAGUACAACUGUUGCUGAUGGCGGCUUCUUGGUUCGGAUGAAGUAUCACGUUUAUAGCGUCCUGGCAAACAUUGGCGCUGCCCUGCCGUGUAUCUCUGCCUGGUCCUCUGGCCUUCCUCGUGUCACCGUGUCACACCAUGACCCUGAGCUGACCUUCAACCACAGCUUCAUUGAGCCUCCUUCCUCUGGCUGGGUGACGGAGGGAUCGUCCUUCGACAGCGAUGAGGAGACGGGAGAGGCUCUUUACUGCGUCCCUCCAAUGGAAGACAUCCCGGCUGUGGCGGGUGGUGAGUUCCAGGAGAUGAGCUCAAAGUGUAACAUGUUCUUAGACCCAUCGGGCUUCAGCAGCGAGGACAUCUCCUCACCCUUUAACAUCCCUCGCACCUCCAGCAUUGCCAAGGCCAAGCGGCCAUCCGUCUCAUUUGCAGAAGGCACCCGCUUCAGCCCCAAAGAGAGGCGUGGCUCUGCUCAGGACCCUUGUGCUCUCCCUCGCAGCAAACCCAAAUCAUCCUGGGGGGUUUUGAUGCUAUCGGCCCUGCAAAGUCAGGGAAGCACAGCUAGAACUGGGGAGGGGAACGGACUUGAGGGCGAGAAGGAGAAAGAUGGAGUGGAUGUGACCGACAGUCAGGAGUUAAACUGUGAGGAGGCUGACCAGGAAGUAGACAGAACCCCAUCAAGGUCCACCCUGCAGGUUCCUGGAGCAUCAGGACGGAGACGGACUAUGUCUAACACAGCUGCUCAUAAAGGGACAUCGUCCGCCUCUGAUGCUCAAGAAGGGGGCUCUCAUAAGGUCACCACUGUGUAUGUGACGGUGGGUAAGGCGGGUAAGCCCAUCACAAAAACAGAGCCGAGCUCUGAGGGCCCCGUUCAGGCGAUGCUGCGAAGACUGGGCAGCCUCCAGAGGCAAAAAGAGCAGGAGUCUGGCAGGCCUAAGCCGAAGGGGAGUGAAGGCAUCAUCAAACCACCCAGGAAGAAGCUGGGAGCUCGGGCGGCUGUUUGGGAGCAGGGAGGACCGUCUACAAGGGAGGCUGGAGUUUGUAAGCCAAUCAGGAGGAAGCACUCCUCCCACAACUCCUCUGAUGCAGAGGGAUCGAAUGGCACACUGCCAACAGAGAGUGGCACUCCAAAACGGCCGCUGUCGUCCAUUUUAAAGAGCGUGCCUGAAGUGGCAUCAGCCGACUCGGGGUCUAAUCUGCGGGCCGAAGGAGACGAAAGGCAGCACGCUGCCCCGCAUCAUGAAGAACAAAUUGAGAGCUCCUACCGGACUCUGAGACCCGUGGGAGAUGGCGCAAGCCCCAUUGAAAUCAUCACCAACGAAGGAGCGGCGGUCAGUGUGACUGAUGAACCCUGGUACGAAAAUGUCCAGAUCAAAAACUCGUGACCUCUGAGAAAACG